GAUAGAAAUCUGGGCGAGUGGCUUUGCAAAUGGUCGGUCCGUUGUGUGAGCUGUUUUGGGGCGUUCAGUUAUGAAUUAUAUGCCGGGGACAGCAAGUCUUAUCGAGGACAUUGACAAGAAACACCUUGUCCUCCUACGUGAUGGACGAACACUAAUUGGCUAUUUGAGAAGCAUUGAUCAGUUUGCCAACCUGGUUCUCCACCAGACCCUGGAGCGCAUUCACGUGGGCCGCAAAUACGGAGAUAUCCCGCGAGGAAUAUUUGUUGUGCGAGGAGAGAAUGUGGUCCUCCUGGGAGAGAUAGACCUGGAGAAAGAGAGCGCCUCCUCCCUGCAGCCCGUGACCAUAGAGAAGAUUCUGCAAGAGCUGCGGCAGGAGCAGGAGAUCCGUCGCCGUGCCGAAAACCUGAAGCUUAAGGUGUUGAAGGAGCGUGGUAUCAUGCUCCCUCGCUUCGACACUCUGGACGAGUAUUGAGGGUUGGGGGGGGGGGGGGGCACUCACUCCCUGGACUUUGGGGCGGGGAGAAGAGGGGUGCCCCUUCCCCUGAGUUAGUGCUGGGGAACUUUGGCACGAAGACCUCCCUGAUCCCCAUCUCCUGACCACCUCCUAAGCUCCCUGUUGCCGCUGCCACUUGUGUUCCGCCAUCUUCC